AUGAGGUUGUGGUCGGCUCCAGUUUCCCUAAUAAAACAAGAACACUGUCAUACCUAUCAGAUGAGUAUGGAGCUAUUCUUUGUUCUGGUUCAAAAACUAAGGAGAACCAGAUUAUCAUAACCUGAUUUUUUGCAUCUCAUCUUCCACGAAACUUCCUACAAACCUUCCCCUAAAAUCUCAACCACAUCAGUGUCAAUUCUUCCGUUCUAUUACAAACCCGUACGGGCAAGUACUACUUAGAAAAAUAAUUGAUUAUUCAUAAACAAGACAAGUCUUCUCCUCCUAUAUAUACACAUGGACACCCUUAGACAGCACCGGGAAACAGUGAUAAGCAGGGUAGUAUCGAUUCUACUUCCUUUCCUUCUGCCUUAGUUUACAACUUCUUUCUAUACAGUACCAAAAUGUCUCCUCUCAACACAGUUCACUUGCAAAAGAUUUUCAACAGGCUCGACAAAAAUGGCGAUGGCCUUGUUAGCGCUGACGAGCUAGGGUGGCUUCUUGAUAGGAUUGGUCUCCAUGCUAAACGAGACGAGCUCGAGCUGCUGGUAGGGGGAAAAAGCCUGGACUAUGUUGAUUUCUUGUUCUUCUACGAAACUCUGAUCAAGGAGAGUAGUGUUUUUGAUCAAGAAACAUGUGAAAUCGAACAAGAAGAUAAUAUCUUGGAGAGGGAUCUUCAGAAAGCUUUCAGAGUUUUCGAUUUAGAUGGUGAUGGAUUCAUCACUAGUGAGGAGCUCCAAAUUGCACUGUCAAGAUUAGGAUUGUGGGACGAGCAUUCCGGCCAAGACUGCAGGCGUAUGAUUGAUGUAUACGAUGCUAAUUCGGACGGGCUGCUUGAUUUCGAGGAGUUUAAGGAUAUGAUGUUGGUGAAGAGUCAAUCUUAAACCUUUGCUCUCACGUAGAGGACACCCCAGUGGUUUGAGCUCCAACAUCUCAUACUUGAGAUGUUGGGUUUAAAACUAAUUAGGUGCGUGUAUUAGUGGAUGAGUGUGUGUUUAGAGAAAAGAAAAACAAAACACAAAAAAGCUUCCUGCUUGCUGUCUUCUGUUAUUACUGUGUAGUUUUGGAAUCCGUACGACUGCCACUGAAAUUAUGGUCCAAUAGUUUCAAUGGUAAUCCAGACGAGUUUGUUUAAAUCGAACAUUUUACUGAUUGGGACAUA